AUGGUUUCCAAAACCGUUUCCAAAACCACGCGAGCUGCUACUGCAGCAGCAAGAAGGGCGGCUGUACGCAUGCGUAAAGCAGGAGAGAGAACUUCUCACACCUCAGCAGCAGGUAAUUCGUCGCCUGUUGUCGUGAAUCCUCCACGUGGUGAGUCACCGCGUGCGACAGACAAAGCAUCCGACUCGAAGGCGACUCCUCACGCCUCGGGAUCACACGGGGCGGACACUGAAAGAUCCAGGUUGACUGGCUCUGGCAAACGCGGUGGUAUUAUUGCCGAGAUCUUCGGAUCGAGUGAUUAUUCCGAUGAGUCUCCGCCUCACGCAAGUCCAUCCAGCGAUAGGACUCGUGGGGAUGGUGGUGGUGCACCUGUACAUCACCACGAGCGAAGUAAUUCAAGGGAUCGGGGUAACACUGGUGCCAGUGCUCAUACUGGCACCAAUCAAGAGGCCAGGGACCGAAAUGUCCUGCGCCACGCUCUCCAAGUGAAGUCUCCAUGGAUGCCGCCAUCCAGAGAGUUGGACCGAUUGGCCGGCACGACUACCGAAUGGCUACGAGUCCCGUUGUUCGAUUGCAGGAAGAUUUGCCCACCUGAUUCCAGCACGGGAACUAUCCGUGCUGAGGAAGAACAUUUCACCGAUGCGUUCUUCAAACAUCGGUGGUACAAUGGUAGCCGUGUUCGGGACGGCAAAGCCUUGGUGCAGGGAUGGAAUGCCCUCAUCCAUAACAUCGAGUGCUUUGGCCGUGAGGCUUGGCUCACCAAACUUGAUGCAGCUCGCAUCAGGUAUGAGAAACGCAACCCAGUCGGGGCGCGAUACAAGUUGCACCGGCUUUCAAGAGAGGCAGGAUUACCCUGUCUCUCGUGGGGUGAUUCGUGUCCAGGUUUCCUGGACAGCUCGAAAAUGUUCCCCUACGGAGGCCUUCCUCCCUAA